AUGUCCUCAAGAACCAUUAUCAUUGACCACGGAUCUGGCUUUCUGAAGGCUGGCCUGUCGGGGUGGAAUGAACCCCAGAUGAUCGUCCCAAGCAUUGUCAACUACAUACCAUGCAGGGAGAACCCGGGCCCCAGCUACGCCCGGAGGCGCGUGAGCCUGGGCAUCGACUUUGGCCGUCCUGACACCUUUAGCUACCCCAUAGAGCGUGGCCGCGUCCUUAACUGGGAAGGUGUGGAGCACAUCUGGUCGUUUGUACUGGAGAAGCACAGACGGGAGCAUGAGGACUCUCCCGUGAUGGUCACAGAGUUCCCCAUAACUGAGCCAACAGACCGGCAGAAGACGCUGGAGAUUAUGUUUGAGUUGCUGGAGGUCCCCUCCGUCCUCCUGGUUGACCAGCUGCAGAUGUCCCUGUAUGCCUCUGGCCUGCUGACCGGCGUGGUGAUCGACUCUGGCUACGGCCUGACCCGUGUGCAGCCCUUCCACCUGGGCCGCCCCUUACCCUCCUGCAGCAAGACGCUGGAGUUUGCUGGCCAAGACCUCUCCGACUACCUCUUCAAGAGCAUCUUCAAGGCAGAUUGCAACAAGCAUGAUCUGUUUCAGCUGGAAACAGUCACCACGACGCAGAUAAACAAGUGCUACGUGCCACAGAACCUGGAGGAGGCCCUGGAGUUCCAUCAGAGCGUGCCGAGUGGCUCUGAUGAGACCAACACCUACCUGCUCCCGGAUGGCACCCCUGUGGAGCUGGCCCCCCUGCAGCGCCUGGCUCCUGAGAUGUUUUUCAGCCCCCAGAUGUUCAACCAUCAAGGGCCCAGCAUUCCGCAGGCUGUGGUGGACUCCAUCCAGUCCUGCGAGACCUGGGUGCGCCCGCUGCUCAUCUCCCACUUGGUGGCCUGCGGGGGCAACACCCUCUACCCGGGCUUCACGAAGCGCAUGUUCAAGGAGCUGACCGAGGAUCACUUCUCCUCCACCAAUGCCACCUUUUGGGUGGGUUCCAACAGAAACUUUAGUGUCUGGCUGGGAGCGUCCGUUGUGGCUCACCUGUCCACACACAGGUCUGAGUGGGUGACCAAGGAGGAGUAUGACGAGAGUAUGAGGCUGUGA